ACGCGAACUAGUGGAGCGGCUGCUCGGGUAGGCAGGGCUCCGGAGCUGGCUGCUAAGGAUGCCCGGGGUCUGCAGGAUUUAGUAGCUAGAAGGAAGGGACACAGAGGAUUUUGGCCAUGGCCCCAAGAAAAAGAAGUGGACGGGGGAUUUCAUUCAUCUUCUGCUGCUUCCGAAGCAACGACCAUCCGGAGAUCACCUACCGGCUUCGCAAUGACAGCAACUUCGCCCUACAGACCAUGGAGCCAGCGUUGCCAAUGCCCCCGGUGGAAGAGCUGGAUGUCAUGUUCAGUGAGCUUGUGGAUGAACUUGACCUCACAGACAAACACCGAGAAGCCAUGUUUGCACUUCCGGCAGAAAAGAAAUGGCAGAUCUACUGCAGUAAGAAAAAAGACCAGGAAGAAAAUAAAGGAGCCACUAGCUGGCCUGAGUUUUACAUUGAUCAGCUAAAUUCAAUGGCUGCUAGAAAAUCGCUGAUAGCUUUGGAAAAAGAAGAUGAGGAGGAGAGAAAUAAAACAAUAGAGAGUUUGAAGACGGCACUGAGGACAAAACCAAUGAGGUUUGUAACCAGAUUUAUCGACUUGGAUGGCUUGACGUGUAUUCUGAACUUUCUGAAGAGCAUGGACUAUGAGACCUCGGAGUCUCGAAUACAUACCUCUCUCAUUGGGUGUAUAAAAGCACUAAUGAACAACUCUCAAGGACGGGCUCAUGUCCUGGCCCAUCCAGAGAGUAUUAAUGUAAUUGCUCAGAGUCUGAGCACCGAGAACAUAAAGACAAAGGUGGCAGUGCUGGAAAUCAUGGGCGCUGUGUGCCUGGUUCCUGGGGGUCACAAAAAGGUAUUGGAGGCCAUGCUGCAUUACCAGAAAUACGCCAGCGAAAGGACUCGCUUUCAGACGCUGAUUAAUGACUUGGAUAAAAGCACGGGAAGGUAUCGAGACGAAGUGAAUCUAAAGACAGCCAUCAUGUCCUUCAUUAACGCAGUCCUGAGCCAAGGGGCUGGAGUGGAAAGUCUGGAUUUCAGACUCCACCUUAGAUAUGAAUUUCUAAUGCUAGGAAUUCAACCAGUCAUUGAUAAACUAAGGGAGCAUGAAAAUUCAACGUUAGACAGGCAUUUAGAUUUUUUUGAAAUGCUUAGAAAUGAAGAUGAACUGGAAUUUGCCAAAAGAUUUGAACUAGUUCACAUAGACACGAAGAGUGCCACUCAGAUGUUUGAACUGACAAGGAAGAGGCUGACUCACACAGAAGCGUAUCCGCACUUUAUGUCUAUCCUUCAUCACUGUCUCCAAAUGCCUUUUAAAAGAAGUGGCAAUACGGUCCAGUACUGGCUACUGCUUGAUAGGAUUGUACAGCAAAUAGUCAUACAGAAUGACAAAGGGCAGGACCCCGACUCCACUCCCUUGGAAAACUUUAAUAUUAAAAACGUCGUCCGGAUGUUAGUUAAUGAAAAUGAAGUUAAACAGUGGAAAGAGCAAGCAGAAAAAAUGCGAAAAGAACACAAUGAGCUCCAGCAGAAAUUGGAAAAGAAGGAGCGAGAGUGCGAUGCCAAGACUCAGGAGAAAGAGGAGAUGAUGCAGACCUUAAGUAAGAUGAAAGAGAAACUCGAAAAAGAGUCUACCGAGCACAAGCACAUCAAGCAACAGGUGGCAGACCUCACAGCACAGCUCCAUGAGCUGAACAGGAGGGCAAUCUGUGCUACCGUUCCAGGAGGGCCCCCGUUGCCACCUGGAGCACCUGGUGGACCUUUACCUUCUCAGGCUCCAGGAGCCCUUCUUCCCCCUCCUCCGCCCCCUCUACCUGGUGGAAUCCUCCCUCCACCACCCCCACCUCCUGGUGGCCCACCCCCUCCACCUGGCCCCCCUCCCCUAGGCGGGAUAACCCCGCCUCCUGGAGCACCGCUGGGCUCGGCCCUCAAAAAGAAAAACAUCCCGCAGCCGACGAAUGCCCUCAAAUCCUUCAACUGGUCUAAGCUGCCUGAGAACAAGCUGGCAGGCACCGUGUGGACUGAUAUAGAUGAUGCAAAAGUGUUUAAAAUCCUUGAUCUCGAAGACCUUGAAAGAACAUUCUCUGCUUACCAGAGACAGCAGGACUUCUUUGUGAACAAUAACUCCAAACAGAAAGAAGAUGCCAUCGAUGACACACUGAGUUCCAGACAUAAAGUCAAGGAGCUUUCGGUAAUAGAUGGCCGGAGAGCUCAGAACUGCAAUAUUCUUCUCUCCAGGCUGAAAUUAUCAAAUGAUGAAAUCAAACGUGCAAUUUUAACAAUGGAUGAACACGAGGACCUGCCGAAAGACAUGUUAGAGCAGCUCCUGAAAUUUGUUCCUGAGAAAGCCGACAUUGACCUUCUGGAGGAGCACAAACAUGAAUUAGAUCGCAUGGCCAAGGCUGACAGGUUCCUCUUUGAAAUGAGCAGGAUAAAUCACUAUCAGCAAAGGCUGCAGUCCCUUUACUUCAAAAAGAAGUUUGCGGAGAGAGUUGCAGAAGUUAAGCCCAAGAUUGAAUCAAUCCGCGCUGGCUCAAAGGAGGUGCUUCAGAGUAACAGCCUGAAGCAGUUGUUGGAGGUGGUUCUGGCCUUUGGAAACUACAUGAAUAAAGGCCAGAGAGGCAAUGCCUUUGGGUUCAAAAUCGUCAGCCUAAACAAGAUUGCAGACACGAAGUCCAGCAUUGACAAGAACAUCACCCUUUUGCACUAUCUUAUAACUGUAGUUGAGAAGAAAUAUCCCAAAGUCCUCAGUCUUCAUGAACAGCUGCGAGACAUCCCUCAAGCAGCCAAAGUAAACAUGACUGAGCUGGAGAAAGAAAUAAACACCUUGAGGAGCGGACUGAGGGCUGUGGAAACUGAACUGGAAUACCAGAAAUCACAGCUUUCUCGGCCUGGAGACAAGUUUGUGUCAGUCGUCAGCCAGUUCAUCACGUUAGCCAGCUUUGGCUUCUCCGACGUUGAAGAUCUUCUGAUGGAAGCUAAAGAACUGUUUACCAAGGCAGUGAAGCACUUUGGGGAAGACGCGAGCAAAAUGCAGCCGGAUGAGUUCUUUGGGAUCUUCGAUCAGUUUCUUCAAGCUGUGACUGAGGCCAAGCAGGAGAAUGAAAACCUGAGGAAAAGGAAGGAGGAGGAGGAGCGUCGGGCGCGCAUGGAAGCACAGCUGAAAGAACAGCGCGAGCGGGAACGCAAGGCCAGAAAGGCUAAAGAAAACAGCGAGGAAGGUGGGGAGUUUGACGACCUCGUUUCGGCUUUACGGUCAGGUGAAGUCUUUGACAAAGACCUUUCGAAACUGAAACGGAAUCGCAAGCGCAUCACCAACCAGCUGACGGACAGCAGCCGUGAGAGGCCGGUCACCAAACUCAACUUCUGA